ACUAUGUUUGUUUAUGGUUUAUAUGUUAAAUACAGUUUAUUUAAUUUGCACAAAAGUACAUUUUUGUUGUGUUAUCAAAAAUAUUAAUAACAUUUACAAUGCCUUGCUUUAAGCGGGAGAAGAGCAUUUCGCAAGUACCUCGUCGUGCGAAGUCGAGGGAUCAGGAUGCUCUGGCUCCCAAGCCCGUGCGUCCGCAGUCCUUGCAGUUUCAUGGACUCUUUGGCAUGUCCUUUGUGCGUCAGCAUGUGAUGGUGGACGAUCGUUGGACACCCGGUUCUCUGACCGAGGAAUAUAUUGGCAUGUCUGAUUUGCUAGCGCGUCGUGCAAUCUUUAAGCGGCACGAAACGAAGGCUAAUCGCCAGCGCUAUAUCUUAGAGAGUAAACGCUUAAAAUUGCAGUGUCGUGAUGGUCGGGCCAAGCUUCAGAAUAUCCGUAUGGGAGAGAAUACCCACCAGAUACGCAAUUUUCUAAACGAGCACAAGGAUAUGCAGCGCUUAUACCAAAGGAUGCCCAUUCAUCAGGUUGUAGACAACAUCAAUCAGCGUACGUUUGUCAUGCGCAAAGAGCGUGAUCGUCUGGAUUGCCGACUGGGCCAGCUCAAGGACCGAUACAAGGAAAUACUAAUGAAACGGGCUUUGCUAGAAAAUCGCAUCAAAUAUCAGAAUGAAUAUAUGCUGGAGGAGGAGAUUAAAUCGUGUGACUUUAUCAAAAAAAUCGAGAACUCGAAUGUGCGUCUGAAGGCGGUCAAGGCUAUCAAUAGCACAUAUAUCAAGAUGAUACAGGUACUCCGGCACGAUGCAAUAUUCUACGAGCCCAUACUGCGUUCUCUCGACGGCGAUAUGGAGGAUCAAGCGAACUUUAUAAAGCACAUACUCUAUUUGGGUAUGCCGGCUAUAGCCAAGUUUAAGGCACUUAAUUCCGAGUAUCGCCUGCUGGAGGAUAAGUCACGGAAGAGCCUACACGCCAAACUGCAAAUGUUGUCCUCCUAUAAGAACAUAAGACCCCUCAGUUCUUUAGUGCCGUCAACACGUGCUAAGCCCCAAGAGGAAAUUGCUGCCAGCGCCGACCCGAAGCGCUAUUUGCGGGAGACGCGCAGCAUGGUGGUGCUUAAGCUGGUGCUGAAGUCUGUCGAGAAGACCAUCGAGGAAGUGAAGUUUGUGACGCUUUGCUCACAGGCUACAGAAAUAUAUCCACGCAUGAAGAGCCAGGUGGACAACAACGAGAAGCUGUAUCGCAUUAUCGAGUGCGACAUGAUGGCCCACGAGGUGCUUGAGUCCAAGAUGAAGUGCGCCAAUGUGCUGAAGGGCGUGCUCAUGAAUAAUUUAUCCGAGGAAGAAAUUAAUCGACUGGAGCUCUUGAAGGACUUACGCAAGACUCUCGCCACUGAGAGCGAAAAAGAGCGCGAUACGCUAACGUAUCUGAAGAAUCGCGGCGAUGCGUUUGUCAUGUUGCGGAUCAGCAUUUGGAAUUUGAUUGAAAUUCUGCGUCACGUGGAUCGUCAGCCAAAGCUGUUUCGCACUUACUAUCCGAAUUCGUAUUUGAAAUUGCCGCUUCUGAAAUUCGAGAUGCUCAAUAUGCGCGCUGCAGCACCAGAGAUUUACGAGGAAAACAUUGAUGUUGUAAUGCACGUAUUGAAGCGCAAAUUGUAUAAGCUGAUGAAGGGCUAUUUGAUGGAGAUGAAACCGGCUUUGAUAGCUCGCAACAGGGAAGAGUAUCAUGCCGAUUACCUGGCCAAUCACAAUUUGUACGAGCAGGUGGAUGACGAUGAACAACAGAUCGAACACUUUAACGAUGAUCUGCUCGUCGAGAACAAGACGAUGGAUAAUGUGCCGAGUCGCAAGCUUAUUAAGAUGCACAGCGCCAAGUUCCUGGAAGAGCUGGCAAAGCGCGACGAAUAGAGCUCGAAUAUUUUCCUCUAUUAUAUGAAUAUUUUAUAAAUUUUUAAGUUUCAGUCCCAUUCGGAGAGCUGUUGCCCAAAAUUUGUAGCCAUAGUGCAUACCUAUUUAGCUGCAAUGGAAUUCAAUGAAUUUCGUUCAUAAUAAAUAGUAACAAAACAACAACACACUG